AUGGUGUCUCGACGGUCAAGGUCAAGCACCCCCUCUGGAGAGCGAUGGGCUUCGGGCCGUAAUCUAACAAGUGCUCAGCGGGAAAGGAAGCGCGCUGUCGACCGACAGCGUGCCAGCAAACGAAGAGUGCAAGCGGCUGCUCACGUUGCCAGCCUUGAAUCCAGGCUGGAAGAACUCUGUAAAGAGCUCGAGACCCUGAAGAGAAGCAGACCAAGCCCAACUCCUUUACCGCCAUAUGACAUCCCAUUGUCUUGCCACGGUCCAUUGUCAGUUCACAACAACGAAGCAGCGGAAAAUGGACCCGUAUCUGGUACUCUCAACAAUAUCGACUCGAAACCAGAUCCUUUGUCGACCCUAGAUUCUUCAGAUUGGAUGCCUGUUGAUCAAUCGACCCGGCAAGAUGAUACAACCACUCAGAUUGGAGUACUAAGCCCGAAAAGCCUAAGCAUACCGAGUUGGCCCAGUGGAAUGAUCUCUGGACAGAUCACCGAGAGUAGAUCAGAACACAUCACUGAAAUAAAUCGCGACAUCACCGAAGAAUGGAUUGAUACAGCUCCUUACUCCACAACUCGCUAUCGUUCGGAUCCUACGAGUGCCGGCAAUUGCCAAAGCAUCUUUAAUAACGUCCUGACUACGGCUCAUUUUCUAUCCCGGACAAGUGUUUGUACUGAUCCCAGCUUGAACCAAGACGCUCUGAUUCGGGGCAUUCUCUUCGGCUGGGAUAACAUCAUCACGACAUCACCAUUCUUUUGCCCACUGUGGGAGAUCUUGCGACACUUGGACAAACGUAUAUUUCAACUAAGUGGGACCAUUACUAGGCUAUGCACCCUGCGAAUGAUCCAUUCUUUGCUCCUGUGUCUCAUGAAGGCCAAUUCAUUUGGAAGCUUGCCCGCCUGGUAUCGGCCGCGUCCUUCGCAGUAUCGUUUCCCGCAUCCCUUAGCAGCAGACGUCCUCCCCUGGCCUGGGCUUCGGGAACGCGCUGUGCUCUGUCAUGGCUUGACACAAUCGAACAAGUUCUGGACCGAGGUCAUCUACUACUUCCGCUUCUGCUGGCCAUAUACCGUUGAUGACAUUGUAAGCCUUGACUCCGCCACUGGGCUGUAUGGAUUCUCCAAGGUGUACGAUCACUACGUGUAUGAGAUCCGAAUGUGGAAGAUGGACAUGAAUUUCUUUGUUAGCUUCCCUGAGACGUACGACGAUAUAGUUCCCGCCCCGGACAUUGAAUGGCCCAUUCAGUCUGCCAACAUGAUCAGUGGGUCACUGGAAUCUUGGGAUGCACGGUCGGGACCCCGGCCCCUGCCUUUGCCGGAAGAACUCGACGAGAACAGCGGGGAUUAG